AUGGCACCAUGGCGGCCCUUCGCCGUUCUGUGCACGCGAUUAUUGGUGGCCGCCCCACACGUUUCCCAGGAGGCAAUUCGGAAGCUCGUGGGCGAUUUGUCGCCCAACCUGUCUGCGGAAUUGCAAGAUCGAGUGGAGGCUGUCCUUAGUUACCACUUCCGGAGCAAGCACUUCCUGGAUGUUCAAGCAUCGCUGCCCGGAGAUUUAGAUUGGUCCUCACAGCCGUCCCCCUGGCGAAGCUACCACGGCGCCCCCAGAGUCCAGCUUCCGCACAGCCUUGCCCUGCUGGAGGCCGCUUCCAGCCCGGUGCCGCUUUCCCUUGCCAGCCUCGGUGCGUUUCUUCGCCUUGGUGCAGGAAUCUCCGCCUGGAAGAGCUACGAUGGGCUGCAUAUGUGGGCUUUGCGCGUGAUGCCUUCUUCCGGCAACCUGCAGACGACUGAGUUUCACGUGAUGCUGCCGCCGCUCGACGGACUCGCGGCAGUACCAGCGGUGUAUCAUUUCCAACCUGAGAUGCACGCCUUGGAGUUCCGGCUGCCGGCGCCCAACGAGUUCGUGACUACUGCGGAUGGAUCUGCAGGCUUCCUGGUGGCGUUGACCUCGCUGUGCAUCCGCGAAGCUUGGAAGUAUGGGGAGCGGGCGCUUCGCUCCUGUCACUUGAACCUCGGCCAUGCGGUGGGAGCUCUGGAUGCCGCCUGCAACGUCUUCGGCUGGAGCCUACAGGAAGGCCCUCCAGCACUCCAUGCCGACAGCAUCCUUAGGACAGUCCUCGGCCUGGGGGCCGGGAGCGAUGAGGAGCCGGGAGAGCACCCAGAGCUGGCGCUCUUCGUGCGCACCUCCGCGAGGGCCUCAGAUGUUGGGGUCUGGCCGGCCUACCUGACGGCGGAGACCAUCGGGAAGUUGUACCGGGAAGCUCAUGUGGAAGCUCAAGGCGUUCCUGGGCCCCUUCGGCCACAGCGGCCCGCGGCGGCGCCAAGUUGGCCGGCCAUGGAUGCAGCGCAAGAGGGUGCGGUCAUGGCUUUGGCGGAGGCCGGGCAUCAAGAAGAGCCCACGACCUCGGGACUGGAGCGCUCGGCACUGAAGCGUCUUCUUGGCCAGCGGCUGUUGGAUGCAAUCCUCAAUCGGAGGUCUGUGCUGAGGAUGUCAGAUGAGCAGCCUCCAUUGCCUGAGGCAGACUUUCUCCGGAUCCUCCGCGUCGCUUGCACGGCCGUGCCGGAGCCACGCGCCGGGCGUCUGGCGGCUGGCACGGGCUCCGCGGUGAACGUGCUACUGAUGCUCCACAAGGUGGAGAGCUUCCUGCAAGGGCUCUACGUUCUGACCCGUCAAAGAGGGUCGGAGGAGGAGCUCUUCGCCUUCGUGAAGGCGAUGCCUGAGCGUGUGCAUCGCAGCGAGAGUGGGAGUCCUUUGGAUCUGCCAGAAGGCUGCGCUCUGUGGGCGUUAGCCCGUCCGGUCGACGUGCGUCAUGCUGCGCAGAUCUCGGCAUGUGGGCAGGAGGUGGCAGGCGCCGGGAGCUUUGCCGCCGCGUUCUUCGGUGCUUUCACAGGGUGGCGCCAUCCGAGGAGAUACUUGGAACUCCUCUGGCAUGCUGGGGCCCUGGGCCAUGUCUUCUACUUAGCCGCAGAGGCCGCAGGGUUCGGUGCCACAGGGAUGGGCUGCUUCAUGGACGAUAUGGGCCUGGGCCUGCUGCGCGACCCUUGGUCCAUGGAGGCAAAGGGGGACAGUUCCUCGCAAAGCUUCUCAGCAGAGGAGUCCCAGCACCAGGUGCUGUACUAUGUGACCGUGGGCAAGGCGAGUUCUGAUCCGCGGCUUUUGAGCUUCGACCCCUACCAGCAUCUGCAGGAGGGCUUCUCCUACGAGGCCCUGCAGGGUGGCAUGGGGCGAAUCUUCCAGACGACCUGA